AUGUAUUUAAAAAGUGUACUCACUGUAGCAAAGGAAAUUAAAAUACCAGUACCAUGGGGUCAUGUCUCUGCAAAACUAUGGGGACAGGAAAACCAGCGACCCGUUUUAGCACUUCAUGGAUGGCAAGACAACGCUGGCACCUGGGAUCCACUUGCACCUAUGAUCAGUGAUAAAUUACCGAUUCUUGCAAUCGACUUCCCUGGCCACGGCCACUCAUCGUGGAUUCCACCAGGGUUCCAAUAUUCUCCCUGGGAUCUACCAAGAUUGAUACUCACAAUUAAAGAUUACUUUAAGUGGGAUAAAAUUUCAAUUUUAGGACAUUCCAUGGGUUCAAUAGCUGGGAUGCGAUUCGCCUGCGUAUUCCCAGAUGAUGUAGACUUCUUUAUAGCAGUGGACAGUCUUUUUUACGAUGACUACGACUUGAACCAAAUAGUUGAAAGAUACGAAAAAUACAAUUAG